UGGAUAGUGAAUUAACAGGCGUAUAGAAGAGUGCAACUGAAGUACGACGAAAAGAUUUAUUCAAAAAUGUGGUCAUUGACGACUCUGCUUGUGACAACUUUGGCAUUCGGUAGCGCUAUAUCGAAGACAGUUAACUUACCGAGUAACGAUACAGAAUGGCGAUACGGUUUCGAAGUCGAUUACGAGAACAAUCAGUUUUUAUUGGAUGGAAAACCCUUCCGAUAUGUUUCCGGUAGUUUUCAUUAUUUUCGAGCGCCUAGACAAUACUGGAGAGAUCGUUUAAGGAAAAUGCGAGCCGCGGGACUUAACGCUGUCUCCACUUAUGUUGAAUGGAGCUUUCACGAACCAGAACCAGGUCAAUUUAAUUGGGCCGGCGACGCAGAUCUAGUAAAUUUCAUAAAUAUUGCACAAGAGGAAGAUUUGCUCGUGUUAUUGCGACCGGGUCCUUAUAUUUGCGCGGAAAGAGACUUGGGUGGUUUACCGUAUUGGUUGCUUCGCGAAGUACCGAAUAUGAAGUUCCGCACAAAAGAUGCAGAUUUCAUGAGAUAUGCUACAUUGUAUCUAAAUCAAGUACUGGAUAAAGUAGAGCCACUUUUAAGGGGUAAUGGGGGACCAGUAAUUAUGGUUCAGGUAGAAAACGAAUACGGAAGUUACAAGGCUUGCGACACAGAGUACACGGACAUAUUAAAAGAAGUUUUCGUAAAAAAAAUUGGCAAUAAAGCUCUUCUGUAUACAGCCGACGGUGCAUCCGCGUCUUUACUUCGAUGCGGAUUCGUACCUGGUGCAUAUGCAACCAUCAAUUUUGGAUCGGGCAUCAGCAAUGUGACUAAUACCUUUCAGAUUAUGCGCCUUUAUCAGCCAAGAGGCCCAUUGGUGAAUUCUGAAUUCUAUCCAGGUUGGUUUACGCAUUGGGGAGACACCAUGAAGAGAGUAAAAACAAAACCUGUUAUAAAAACGUUGAAAGAAAUGCUUGCUGUAGGUGCUUCCGUUAACUUUUACAUGUUUUAUGGAGGUACAAACUUCGGUUUCACUUCUGGAGCUAAUGGUGGGGGAAACGUGUACAAUCCACAAUUGACUUCGUACGAUUACGAUGCUCCUUUGACCGAAGCCGGAGAUCCGACAGAUAAAUACUUUGCUAUAAGGGACGUUGUCGGUCUCUAUUUGCCGUUGCCAAAUAUGUCUCUCCCAACUGCAUCUCCGAAAGGUAAUUAUGGUCCAGUGUUAUUGGAACCGGUACAGAAAUUGCUCGACAGUCAGUCUCCAUUCGCGGUGAUCCGGACGACUGGA